AUGCUUAAGAAACAAUGGAAAGUUAACAUCUUCUUCUAUGCUGAUUUCAACUUGGCUGAACUUCUUGAACUGGCCCAAAGUUUGCGCAAUGUGAAAUGUUUCUGCGAUUCCACACAAAAGCUGUUCAGUGGAAGUUUCAAUUGGGCGAUAAUCCUGACAUUUGCUGAUGGAGUUGAAUGGCUAUUUCGAGCUCCCAGGACACAUUCUGGGUUGGAUAAGGAAACAGUAAGAGCUGCGCUCACUAGCGAAGCAUCUACUUUAAAAUAUAUUCGCCUGAAUAGUUCGAUACCGGUUCCGGAGGUUCAUCAUUACUGCGCCUUUGAAGACAACAGCAUUGGUAUUCCUUUUAUACUCAUGAGACGGGCGCAGGGCAUCCCUCUUUCUAACUAUGACUGGCACCCUCAGCAAUGUGAGCCAAUUUCAUCUAAGGCCCGCCGAUGUUCGUUGAAAGAAAAUGAAAAGCAGAAGAUUAUGAAGCAGCUUGGGAUUAUAAUGUCACAGCUCUCACGGCCGCGUUUUGAUAAAAUUGGUUCGCUUUUUGAAGAAAAUGGGCGUUUCAAAGUGGGGCCAUGCCUUGCACCAGGUUUACUCUUGCUCGACCGCCAUAUCCUACAAGGAAUCUUUCGUGGUCCUUUUGAGAACGAGGGCGAAUAUUACAGGGCACUACUCUCGGCUUACUUUAUGCAUUUACGGGAAUUGACGUUGGAACACCACGCCUUCUUUGCACCCGUUCCAGUUCCGAUGGAGUAUGAUUGUUACUCCAGUUACCUAGCAGCAACUGAUCGGUGGAACGAUUUUGUCGGGCUUGGCUCUAAGAUUGAAACCAGUCCAAACAGAUUAGACUAUUUUGUGGCUGGGUUGUUUCUUGAAAGCAUUAUACCAACUCUCGGUGGUGAUCUGGAAGAAAGCGGCAGUGAUCAACCUGAUGGCUUUGCGCUAUAUCACGCUGACCUCAGCCUGAGCAACAUAUUCAUUGAUGAGCAGCACAAUAUAACAUGUAUUAUUGACUGGGCAUUCUCAUUCUCCGCGCCAUCAACAAUACUUCUCUGUACUCCAAGCCUACCUCACCCAAGAGAUGAGUGGGAGCCUGCAAUGACGUCCGCAUUCAGGUCCAGCUUCACAGGUGACGGCACUAUGUUAUACUCUACAAUUUGGAAAAGAGCUAGGAUGGUUUGGCUCUUUAUGCGUCUGGUUAAUCUUGAUGGCUUGCGGGACUAUCAUUAUUUUGCAGAGCUGUAUACAUUGUGUUCCAGCAAGCCUGCCGAGGAGCUAUUCACAGGAUUCUGGCAGCUAUAUACAAAAUGUGAUGUUAUCAACAUGAGACAAGUUCUUUCCAGCAAUGAUCCGUCACCAACUGAAAUCAAACGGGGAGAAAAGGAAUACUUUACUAAUGUGGGUAUUGAGCGGCAGGCUGUAGCUACAAAGCUUAAUAUAUGCUCAGUAUUGAACGGAUCUUUUGUUGCUGAUAGUCGGCUCUGGCAUUGGAUCGAGAAAGCAGUAAAUUUGAAAGAGACAUUGUAG